AUGUCAUCUGAACAAGAAAAAAAUAAACACUUGGUCACAGGAAUACUGAUUUCAGUGCCGUGGAAUGUUAAACAAGCAUGUAAAAAUGCAGAAGGUUCAUGGCUCAUGCGAAAAAUGGGCAAAAACCUGUCCCACCAUUUACGCAGUGUCGUCGUUAAGAACAAAAUGUCAUUUUCAAACAAGACAACGACAGAUCGGAUUCGAUAA